CAUGUCCUGACAGGACGCUGAAGCAGGGCAGGCUAAGCUAACCGCUAGCCCACGCGGACCGGCAGUUCCGAUAACACCGAGGGCGGUCUGGCGGAGGCCUCACCUGGCGUUGACUGUGGUGUUUUUGGUGUCGUCGUGUGGAGUGCGGGGAGGUGUUCGGGGGUGUCUGGCCGGGACAGCUGACGGAUCGGCUGGGAGAGCUUGGUCUGCUGAGUCCGGUGGGCCCAAGAACCACGGCCAUGCCUGGAGCCGUGCCCGUGGAGGAAACACCAAGGGUGGUCUGGCAGGAUGCGGAAGCAGGGCAGGCUAAGCUAAUGCUAGCCCAGGCAGUUCUGACAGUCAUCCUGGCUGGCGUUCGUUCCCUUGUAUAGUGAUGUUUUUGUGUGUGUGUAGUUUGGAUAUAUGUGUUAGCUUAGAUAUGUGUUAUUUAGGAAAUGUUCUCAGAACCAGAAUCCUUAAAUCAUCCCUGUGGGGAAAUCGGGUUCUUGAAGUCCUUGUGGUUUUUGGAUAGCUAUGUGUUUUUGUCUUUGUGUUGCAGUGCUGUGGGCUGGGGGGAAGCGAUAGUUCAUUUCAUUUCACGUACGGAAAUACAUGAAACGAAACGACAAAUCAAGUGUUCCUGACUCCUGAUCCCUGACUCCCACCGCCUCUGAAGGAUUUCCCUCUCUCGCUCCCUCUCACUCUGCAGUCUGGGAGGGUAUCAAAGCGCGGUUGCUGGCAUGUCUUCAAGAACAACAAAUACACUGAGAACCUUUCAAGAGCUACGUUGUGAAACAAGACCUCGUGAUACGGGACCCGGAGAACCUGACAUGCGGUCUACCACGCUGAGGGGAUUCAAGGUGAGGACACCAGCAGUGGAGAGGACAGGGGGCUUUCAUUAAUGCCUGAGUCCCAAGGAUCACCACCCAAGGACCUGCACUGAGAGCCGCUUCCCCGGGGGGUUAGUUCUGCUCACAGCCCGUUAUUAAAAACCCAUUUCCCGAGGAGUGAGCCUUGCCGAGAGGCCGUAUCAGCGAGGUUGUGUCCUGAGAAGUGCCCUUUCCCCCGUAACUGUGCGUUUACACCCGGUGACCCGACAUGAAGGACCGACUGGGGGAGUUGCAGCAGAAGGCUCAGGAGUGCAGCGAGCCGGCGAGCGAGGUCGACAACACCGGCCCUUUCCCAGGGGAGGCUGACCCCCAUGAUGCCGUCGGGGUUGGGGUUAUCGUACAGCAGGCGGUGGUGUUCGAGGAGGAGCCGGUUAUCCAGACCUUCUUAUCGGAGGCAAAAAACAUCCGCGAUGACAUCACGGAGCUGGAGACUGUGGUGACCAAAUUCAGCCAGCAGCAGAAGACCCUGGUGGCAGCCAUGCGCCGUUUUAGCGUGAUGAAGAAGGAAAGCAGCAUAACCCGGGACAUUAAGAUCCGGGCCGAGAGCCUGCACAGGCGCCUAGAUGCACUUUCUAAACAGGCUCAGAGGAGCGAGGAGCAGCAGGGCCCCGCGGCGGUGGCCUCCAGAAUCCAGCGCUCGCAACUCGCAGCUCUGCAGAGACGCUUCAGGCAGGUGAUGCGGCAGUAUAAUGAAGCGCUGCUGACAAAGCAGGAGAGCUGUAAGCACUUCAUUAUCCGCCAGCUGGAGGUAUCGGGACGGGAGGUGACGGAGGAGGAGGUGAACGAGAUGGUUGCCACGGGAAAAUGGGACGUGUUCAAUGAAAACCUGCUUAACGAUUCCAGGAUUACACGGUCACAGCUGUCGGAGAUCGAGAUGCGACAUAAGGAGCUGCUGAACCUCGAGAGUAACAUGAAGGAGCUGCGGGAUCUCUUCCUGGACAUUUUCAUGCUGGUGGAGGAACAAGGUGCCCACAUCAACCACAUCCAAACCAACGUAGAGCGAACUCAAGACUACGUGGUCGCCACCAACGAGAAGUUCAAGCUGGCCGCCAGGUACAAGAAGAAGAACCCGCUCAGGCAGCUGUGUUGCUGCUGCUGCCCCCCGUGGAGAUGCUGCUUAUAGAAGGGGGGGGUUAUCAGAAACUGUUGGCAUUUUUUUUUUAUGUACAGUAUUUUGUUGGUUUUGUGUCAGGUUGCAUUUUUUAUAAUUAGCCUCGUAUCAGAUUCAUACAAGUAGAUUAGACGUCUCCAGUGGAGACUCUACGUGGAAUUUAUUACAACUUUAGUCAUAAACCUUUUCAGGAAACCUCUGAAAUCAAUCUUGUAAUAUUUUCUCGUGGUAUUUAUUUGUGCAAUGGUGUUGUGGGCUUGGGCUUCUCAGUUGCCUUUGGUGCCCUGGCUAUUUGCCUUUGGUGCCCUGGCUAUUUGCCUUUGGUGCCCUGGCUAUUUGCCUUUGGUGCCCUGGCUAUUUGCCUUUGGUGC